AUUAGUAAUUGUAGGAAUUUGAGUAAGUCCCAAUAAUUACGAAAAUUGUCUGAACCUUGUAUUGAUUUUGCAAGUUUAUUGUGGUAAACAAAACUGAGUAUAAAAGAACAUUUUGUAUCAUUCAGCAAACAUAAAGAGAUCAGUUUUCAAAUAAAACAUAUUCAUAAUUUUAUAAAAGUGUACAGUUAAGCAAUUGUUUAAAUUAGAACCGUAUAAAUAUUGAAAUUAUUUUCAAGAUGAAGGUUUUUAUUUUUAUUUUUCUAGCUAUUGCUGCAGUUCAAGCAUUAAGUGAUAAUGAAGAAUGGGUACAGUUUAAGGUAAAACAAGGCAAAAGCUACAGAAAUUAUGUCGAAGAACAAAACCGGUUCACAAUUUUUCAAGAAAAUUUAAGAAAAAUCGAAAAUCACAAUGAAAAAUAUUACCAUGGACUAUCCACUUUUAAAUUGGGAGUAACUAAAUUUUCAGAUUUGACUGAAAAAGAAUUUGCCGAUAUGUUAGGACUUUCUAAAGCUGACAAACCCACUAGACCACAUGUGACACAUUCACUCACUCCAGUAAAAGAUCUUCCAUCCAUGUUUGAUUGGAGAGAGAAAGGAGCAGUCACCGAGGUCAAGAAUCAAGGUUCUUGCGGAUCCUGUUGGAGUUUCAGUACGACUGGAACAGUAGAAGGAGCUCAUUUUCUUAAGACAGGAAAACUGGUCUCUCUAAGUGAACAAAAUCUAGUAGAUUGCGCAAAAGAUAGUUGUAAUGGAUGUGCAGGUGGAUAUAUGGACAAGGCUCUAGAAUACAUUGAAGCAGCUGGAGGAAUAAUGGCCGAAAAUGAUUAUCCUUAUGAAGGCAUUGAUGAUAAGUGUAGAUUUGAUAGGUCUAAAGUAGCUGCCAAAAUUAGCAACUUUACUUAUAUUAAGAAAAAUGACGAAGAUGACCUAAAAAAUGCAGUUGUAGUAAAAGGACCUAUAUCAGUGGCUAUUGAUGCUAGUUAUAAUUUUCAAUUAUAUGACUCAGGAAUACUCGAUGAUAUUUCCUGCAGCAGUGACUUCAAUUAUUUGAACCAUGGGGUACUGGUUGUAGGCUAUGGUACAGAGAAAGGACAUGAUUACUGGAUCGUGAAAAAUUCCUGGGGUGCUGACUGGGGAAUGGAUGGAUAUAUAUGGAUGAGCAGAAACAAAAAGAAUCAAUGUGGUAUUGCUACUGAUGCUACGUAUCCAAAUAUAUAAAAUAGUACAUUUUGUAUACCCCUCUUUAUUAUUGUUUAGAAAAAUAAAUUCUAUUUUGAUUA